AUGUAUGAAGAUGAAAAGCAAAAAACUUUAAAACCUUCAAUUCCUCCCAUUCUUGAAUUAAUUUCAAGCAAGUGGAUUGAUACUGUUUGUUUAUUGAUUAUAUUGCAUCAAACAAUGAGCCCUCCCGAGUCAAAGUUAAAAAAGCAACAAAAGGAAUUCAAUAUCCUUUUGAAUUUUCCAGAUGAAAUUCAACAUUUAAUUAUGGAUAAUUUGAAAUCCCUUGAUUUAUUGAAUUAUGUUCGUGCUGUUCCUAAAUUACAAAAUCGUUUCAAAGAAAAUUAUAGAGUCUUUACUGAUCGUGUUGAUAGAGCUGAAUUUUCAUUUUUAUCAAAUCGUUUUUGUUUCAAGCUUUGUCAAACUGGUAAGAAGAGAAAUGUUGACAAGUUUCAAAUAUUCAAUGGAACUGUUAUGUUUGAAAUUUUCGGAAAUCAAUCAGACAGAGGGUAUAGAGAUGAUUCCCCCAUUGAUGAGACCGUUAAUUUAAUUGAAAACAUCACUAAAAUAAAUACUAAUGGCGUAGAGUUUAAUGUCAAAGCUCAUACACAUACGUCAUUAAUUUAUACAGUUAGAGAACUUUUAAAGAUGUCAAACGAUCCAGAUUAUUCAUUAAAAUAUAUCAGCUUUCCCAAACUGGAAUUUCUUGAGAUUGGUUCAGAAUUUGAUAUUAAUAAAGAGGUGAUUGGAUCACUUGAAGGAUUAAUACAUCUCAGAAUGAAUAAAUUCAAAGGUGUUGCUAAUUUGGAUUAUUUUCCAAAUUUAAGAAAAUUGACCAUCCAAAAUGUUAAAGAAUUAUCAUUUCAGAAGUCAUCCAUCUUCCCUAAAGUACUGGAACUGAGGUCAUUCCACGGGGGUAUCUCUUUCACGAGCUCAAUGUGUCAAAAGUUAAAGUAUCUUUAUAUUGACCUUCUUGAUAGAAACUCGUCAUACCCAUACACACACCAAAGAGAAAGAAAUCCAUCAAAAUAUGGGUUAAAGGAUCUUGAAUUCCCAAAUUUGAAAGAGAUCGAAAUACAAAGUGGUCAAAUAAUUAAUGAGAUUAGAAAUAUUUCAGCGCCAUUGUUGAAGAAAUUCAAUGUUAAUGCAUCGUCUUUGGAACUAUGUCUGGAAAAUUUAUCAUUUCCAGCUUUGGAAUCAAUUAUUUUGAAAUCAAAUGGUGGGUUAAUUAUCACAGAUAUUGCAAACAUGCACUUUCCUCAGUUGAAAAGUUUUGAAAUCACUUCUUUCUAUGAUAACUUGGAUUCGAAACGAGAUCACCCUGAGGAUACUUCAGAGCUACCAUUUCAUUUCUUGAAAAAUGCAAAAAAAGGAUAUCCUACAGAUACAACAUUUGAUAAUUUGAAAUCAUUGAAAAUCACUGGUGAUAGAUUUUGGAAUUAUAAGGAACAUGGAGAGGUCCCUCGAAUGAUUGCCCCAAAUUUACAAUAUCUCGAACUUGAAUCAUGUCAAGUUUCUAAAAGUUUCUUUGACGAGAAUUCAAAUUUUGUUGACAAAAUUAUUUGUCGAAAGAUACCGGCUCUUGAUAUAUCUAACGUUAAGCUUCCAUGUCUUGAAGUUAUUGAUAUAAGUGUUGUGGAAUCCGAAGUAAACUUAUCCAAUUGCUAUCUUCCUUCGCUAACCAGCUUGAUGAUAAAAGGACUUGACAAAGGUUAUAAUCCAUCUAUGUCUAAAACUAAUGUGACCCUCCCUGAACUCAAUUCGUCUCCAAAGUUAGAAAAUAUUGACAUUUCAUAUAUCAAGGCGUUAAAGGGUCUAUUAACAAACAAAAGCUGCCCCAAAUUAGCUAAGUUAAGAUUUUACAAAUGUGUUAAAGAUGAUUCAAGAAUUGAGGUUGUUCCUCAAGAAAAUCUGAAAACCAUGAUUAUUGAUACGUCGGACUCUAGUGAUCGAUAUUAUUAA